AUGUCUUCUUCAGAACCCCCAACCGAACAAAUCUCUGCUCCCCUCAAUGAUUCAGCUGAGGAAAUCCCUCUCGGACCGGAUGGUCAACCUCUCACAAAGAAUGCCCUAAAAAAGAUUCAAAAAGAAAAAGAGAAGGCCGAGAAGGCAGCAAAGAGAGCUGCUCUCGAGGCCGAACAGAAGGCCGCCCGUGAACUUGCAAACAUCGACCAUGCAACGGCAAAUUAUGGUAUAAAACCAAUGAUUCAAUCAACCGAGCGUUCUGGUAUCGAGCGUAUCCGGCUUUCGUCGCUCACGGCUGGGGACAACGGCCGCGAGGUUGUGUUUCGUGCCAGGAUGCAGAAUGCUAGAAUUCAAGGAGCAAAGAUGUGUUUUCUUGUUUUGCGGCAGCAAAGCGACAGUAUCCAGGCCGUGAUGACAGUCAAUACAGAUGGUAGUGUUUCGAAGCAGAUGGUUAAGUGGUCUUCAGCAAUCAAUGCCGAGAGCAUCGUUCUAGUCUAUGGUGUGAUUCGAAAAACACCUGAACCUGUCACCUCAGCAAGCUUGUCGGAUGUUGAGGUUCAUGUCUCUAAGCUGUUUGUGAUAGCCGCGGCAGAACCAGUACUGCCAAUCCAGUUUGAAGAUGCCUCGAGAUCACUAAAGGAAGUCGAGGAAGGUGAAGGGAGGUACCCGACAGUUUCGCUCUCUACUAGACUCGAUAACCGUGUUAUCGAUCUCCGAACACUCUCCAACCAGGCAAUCUUCCGCAUAUCAUCAGGUGUCUGCAUGCUCUUCAAAGAAUUUCUUCUACAGAAAGGGUUUACUGAAGUUCACACACCAAAAUUGAUCGCUGCCGCUUCCGAAGGUGGUGCGAACGUAUUCAAGGUCACCUAUUUUAAGAGCGAUGCUUACCUUGCCCAAAGUCCACAGCUGUAUAAGCAGAUGCUCAUUGCUGGUGAUUUCGAGCGUGUCUUUGAGAUCGCCCCAGUUUUCAGGGCCGAGAACUCUCAGACACAUAGACACAUGACCGAGUUUACCGGACUCGACCUCGAAAUGGCAUUUGAAGAACAUUACCAUGAGGUUAUUGAAGUUCUUGAGAGUCUCUUUGUUUUCAUUUUCAACGGACUUCGUGAGCGAUUCGCCAAAGAAAUUGCAAUUGUUCGAGAGCAAUACCCCGUCGAAGAAUUCAAAAUUCCGAAGGGCGGCAAAGUGUUGCGUAUAAAAUUUAAGGAGGGUAUUGCAAUGCUUAGAGAAGCUGGCUACGAUGUCCCAGAGCUUGAGGAUUUGAGCACGGAGAUGGAGAGGAACCUCGGUAGGCUAGUACUGGCAAAAUAUGACACGGACUUUUACGUCAUGGACAAAUUUCCAUUGGCCGUGAGGCCAUUCUAUACCAUGCCUGACCCUGAAGACGAAAAUUACUCCAAUUCCUAUGACUUUUUUAUGCGCGGUGAAGAGAUCCUCUCUGGCGCACAGCGUGUGCACAAUUCUGAGUUCCUUACGGAACGCAUGAAGAGCUUAGGCAUGGAUCCAAAAACUCCUGGACUGGAAGAUUACGUUGAUGCGUUUCGAUAUGGCGCGCCGCCGCACGCUGGUGGGGGGAUUGGUCUUGAACGCGUCGUCUUCUUGUGGCUGGGACUGCAGAAUAUUAGGAGAGCGAGUGCAUUUCCAAGAGACCCAAUCAGGCUGAGACCGUAA